GUUAAGAGUCACAGCGCUGGCUACCAUAAUUGGAGGCAUUGAGGAUGGGCAGGAUGUGGGACUUGGCAGAGGAGCCCCUGCUCUCAAACUGCCUCUUGCCUGAGCACUGAGGAAUCUCUAGGAUAAAACAGAUCAAGACUGUGGAUCAGCAGCAGCCUCACCCCAGCAGCAACAGAUUCUCCACUGUCCCCAGUUGCUUCCCCCUGCAUCUCCUGAGUUGCCCCCAUCCCGGGCCCAGGCCCAGCCACCAUGACAGACACACCAGUGGAGGAAUCCCUCUUCCAAAUCAUCCACUGCUACCACGAGUACGCUGCCCGGGAAGGGGAUGUAGAGACACUGUCGCUGGAGGAGCUGAAGGCUCUGCUCAUGGACAACGUGCCCCGCUUCAUGGAGACCUUGGGCCGGAAGGAGCCGUACUACAUCACACAGUUGUUCCGGGCGGCAGACAAGAACCAGGACAACCAGAUCUGCUUUGAGGAGUUCCUCUACAUCUUGGGCAAGCUGGUGAAGGACUACCACUUGCAGUACCACCGGCAGCUGUGUGCCCAUUAUUGCACCCAGCACAGCCUGUAUUAGGGGGAGUGCAGGGGCCUGCCUAGGGAGCAGGUGUGACCUAGCUGUGGGCAGCUGAAGACAGAGCUGUGUGUGUGUGUGUGUGGAGUGAACGCUGUGAGGGAAGAGAAUAAAGCAACUUUGUAAAGACUUCUGGGUGUUGCUCAGCUCCUGGUUCCAUGGAUCUGCUCUGGGCCCAGAAAGAAAGAUUUGGUUCUACUCUGAGGAUCAGUCAUUUUGGGUAGUCUGUGCCCCAGGAGCCCCUGUCUGAGUGAGGAGAUAGCCCCUGCCCCCAGGCACCCCUGUCUGAGUGGGGAGACGGCCCCUGCCCCCAGGAGCCCCUGUCUGAGUGGGGAGACAGCCCCUGCCCCAGGAGCCCCUGUCUGAGUGGGGAGAUAGCCCCUGCCCCCAGGCACCCCUGUCUGAGUGGGGAGACCCUUACCCGAGAGGGUGGAGUCUCUUCUCUCGGGGAGUCAGCUCUCUGACAAGGAAGCCAGGCCUCACCACUGAUGUUGUGGUCACUCAUUCACUACACAUACCUGAUUGGACAGGAGCCACGAGGGAAGAAGUUCUCCCAGCUUCAAAAGAGAGCCCCAACAAAGGCGGAGCAGCCAGGACUGGGAAGGGCCCAGGACAGGGUGGGGAAGAUGAUGCUGGUAAUUGACAUGGGUGGCAGGUCCAUGGCCAGUCGGUGAGGGAAGAUUGUGAGGUGGGUUUUCCAGACGUUGAGUCAGAGAUGGGUCAAACUUAAAGUUGGCAAUGCAGCCUGUUAAUGAGAAGACUGAUGAGUGGAAUGUGGGUGACUAUCGAUCAGGGAAAGCUUCCUGGGGAGAGGAGGGUUUGGUUUUGUUAUUGUUAAUAAAUAAAUGAUGAUGGAUAUGG